CCUGCCUCUCUUUCCACUUCCUCCCCGCAAAGCCAAAUCAUAGAUGAGAUUCAUCAUAUGUCUCCCGCCCGCUACAGGAAGAACAAAACAAUAACCGUAGGGAAACUUGUCUCCGGUUCGAACCACAUGUCCUGCCUACGCGCCGACGAAUCAUUCUAUUCAUUCUAUUUCCACGCACCAACUAGCCCCGACCCAAGGAAUCCCAACCAUUACCUACGAGAAUAUCGACGACUUCCCGUUGGCUAUCAUAGCGUACCUAUCGCAUAAUACCACUCAGUAUCAGGCCCACGACUGGUUUUCUUUUGCCCUUCGAACUUCAUCCUACAUAUAUAUCUCGUAUAAUACACCGAGCACCCCCCUUUAAGAACAUGGCAGACACCCCAUUUCCUCUUCCGCCUUUCCCAUCUUCCCAGCUGCGUGUUCAUUCCCCCCCGAGUGCUAGAAGUGUUGUGAGUGGCGCCACCAACGAGACCAACACCCGCCGACGCUCAUUACCUGUCGUCUUCCCUCCGCUUUUCCCUAAGAAUACCUCGUCCACAUUUCUCAUACCUAGCACCGCCGAAGGAAAACCAAUUCCCCUCGACGGCUCUACGGCUACCCACCGUACCACCACUCUACGGCAGCUAAGUCGCUCUCAACCUUCUUCGCGUCGCCGCUACGAUAGAACCACCGGCCCACCGAGUAUCAAAAGCACGACGACCGGAACCUACUCUCAACCUGUCAUAGUACGCACAUAUUCGGGUGUCCCAACUUCGUCAACUGCCAGAGGCCCGGUGUCUGUUUCCACCGUCGAACCCACUACGAACCCAUCUCCUCGGCUUCCUAGUCGGAAUGGUCCAAUAAAAAAUAUGGUUCGGCAAAAGGGGAUCGAGAAGGCCCGCGCUACUGCAGAUGCCAAAUUACCCCCUCUUGAAUCAUUCACUUUCAAGAGCAUUAUAGCCGAUAUACAGCAAGAUGUUGGCGCGGACCUAGACCGAAUCGCAGAAAUAUGCGCACGUACGAGAUAUUCUCUCAGUAAUCAAUACGAGGUCCAUAUAGCUCCCCAAGGCUCAGGAGCCGGUUUCCUAGGGCCGCCAUCCGCGUCGUCGCGGCAUCAUAUCCCCAUAGGCCCGACUCUACAAGCAAUAUCAAGUGAUGACGAACACGCGGGUGCUGUGCAAAGAUCGAAGAGGAGCGCUGUCCGUCGGAGAAGCAUCGCCUACGGUACUCUCGAGACCAUUAUAAGUUCUAGCCGGUCUUCGGAUGAGGACAAGAGCAAGAAGAAACCAGCCGCCGAGAUUGUGGAAGAGGUACGAGGUCGCGCGACAACGGCUACCAAGGAAGAGAGCGGAAGUACAAAUUGCGCGGAUGCCCAGGAGGUUAGCGAGCAGCAAGUGCAUCAUCCCUCGAGGUCGGCUUUAUUUGCAACGGCUAUUAUUGAUACAUCUCGAAGUCAAACGCAAAGCAAUCUCGCUGCGGGCACUAUUCCGGGCGCGAGUUUGCUUAGUGAACCUGCCGAGCCACAUACCUCUCGAAAUCACCUCCAGACCAAGACGUCACCCGAAGGGCCAAAAAUAAAACACUACAAACGGGAGCCCCCGCCACAACCCUCUCGGGCCAUCGCUUGUGAAUCUAUGGCUGCGGGCGCUAUCGCACCGCUGGAUGAACCAAAAAGCCCAUCGAGUCUGCUUUCUGGGUUCAGUGCCUGGAUUCCUUGGAUGGGGACUUCCAUACCAAUUCCAGAAAUAGACACGUCUAGAGGAAGUUCCUAUGCUGAGGGUGCUUUGAGGGAACUGCUCAAAUCGACGGGAUCACAAGGGGAAUAAGGGCAUUAAUUGAGCAACGCGGAAUCAUUCCAGAUAUGCAGUUCUAAAUUUUCCCAUAGCCGCCUUGUGGGCAAAGUACAUAUAUUCAUCCUAUCGGCGGUGAAUGAUUAUCGGUAGGCAUGACGAUUUCUAGGAUUAAAACUACAAAGGUACAAGUAAUAUCGACGUCAAAAAUCGGUGAACUGACUCGAUAUGAGGAUAGCAUAGAGAUACCCCAACAUUCAGGAUUAAGAUGAUAUUUAACCAUACAACCACUAAAUACCGUUCGUGACCUGACAGUUAUUUCAACAUUCAUAGCCCCAUUCUAUGGGGUUUACAAUGAAAUCCGCGAUAUACAUAUCCACUAACCCCCAGCAGCAGGUAUAUUCCAAAGUUACUCGUGAACUAGAAUAAUCUUUGUUUUUAUGAUGAUAAUGCAUUGGAACGGCUUGUGUGUGCGGUUUGCAACGAAUAUUGACCCAGCUUCCUCGUCGCUAGGAGGUAAGUUACAAUAACAUUGCCUCAUUUGCUCAAAAAGGGCCACCGGGGAAUUAUUGAUCAAGUCGUUCAGUUAUCGAGCUUAACAUACCCCGUUAUAUUCGCCCAGGUUGUCAAGGCUUAAACACAAACAGGUUAGACUAAGGAAGCAAGUCCGUGCCAAAAGGAAGGUGUAGAUAUUACUUGAUAUACGUAACCAAUAUAAGUAACAUUAUUGAUAAGUGGAUAUAUAUGUCAAUAUUGCC